GGAUGUAAGAGCAUCUACCCCCCAACAACUAACUCUGAUAUUUUCUUCAGUAGUCGUUCACCCCUUGCGGUGAUAAGGAACCGAUAAGAGGUUAAUGUAAGCAACCAUUCUUGUGAUACAAAAAUUGAGGACAAAAAUGUUCAGUAUUUAUCAACAAUUGAAUAAGAAAGAUGAAGGAGAUGGUGUAAGACGUCGUGCAUCAGAUGUGACAGGACAUGACAGAUUUUACCAGGAACGUCCUAGACCUAGACGUAAAAAACGCCCUGUUAGUCGUCGCUCCAAAAGUGCCAUUGAACUUGACACUAAUGCCAUGAUUAAUGCUCGCAAUUAUGUCAGGAAUAAUCGAAGUGCUAGUAUAGAAAGCAACGCAAGUAGCAGUACAGAAGACAGAUUUCAACUUAGUAAUAAAAUUGAUAAUCUAGCGAAAAUUCUCUUCAAUCGGGUCUCAGCUGCUCGAGCAUCACGAGAGAAUGAGAUGAGUAACGGCAGAUAUCAAUAUGAAUCACUGGAUCAAAGCCCAACACCUCGUGAAGAUGGUGUUGAAUACUUGGAAAUGGAAAAAAGAUCGAGGGACCAAGCACUCUCCAUUUGCGAAGUUUAUAUUCAAGCUAGUUCUCGAUAUGACCUCAUCAACCAACUCCACAACGUUGGAUCUCGGGUAGAUAAAUAUUGGUUUGCUGUGAAAGAUAAAGUUUUAAAAACUGACAGAUUACUAACUUUAGCACCACUAAAUAAAAAUUGUCCUCUAAGUGUCUGUCCUUCAACAAAAGAUAUUCUCAACAAACUUUUCCUCGUUCUUCAACAUCCUUAUGUGUGCCCUGUCCUCGAUCUUGAAUUUAUUGAAUUUGGUGAAGAUAAUUAUGUUAUCGUCGUACAGCCAAUCAAUCAAGGAAGCCUCAAAGAUCUUAUUUAUGGGGUAGAUAAAAACAGCUGGAAUGAUGAUUGGGGCCAAAAAUAUGCAACACGUGGAAAUGGUUUGUACCUUCCGCAGAUUCAACAGAUGGGUCGUCAAGUCUUGGAAGCAUUAAUUUUUCUAAAAGAAAGAGGAUUUCCGACGGCUACUCAUUUACAUUCGGGAAAUGUCAUUAUCCAGAAUGGUGUAGCACGUGUAGCUGGACUGGAGAAUUCUCUUCUAGGAUUCACUAGUCGAAUCCAUCCAAUCGUAACUUCACGAUUGGCCUAUGGCAACUCCAAUGACAGCAUUUGCUUUGGUCAUAUGCUCUUCGAAAUGUGUACAGGCUAUGAAUUGUGCUCAUUCAAGCCGUCCAUGGUCCAUUAUGAAGAUGUUGCAAAAUAUCCAUUGGUUGCUGACCUCAUGGAAUAUAUAUUCGAUAAUCCGGAUAAUCGUUACCCUACGAUAGAAGAGUUACUAGUCCACGAUCUUUUUCGAAAUAUUGACUUGCGUGAAAUGCGCAAUGCACCAGUAAACAUAUUUCGUCCAAUAUUAAAUCCGUCGAUAGUUAAUCUUCUUGAAGGAAUUAAAAGACACACAACUUGUCGAAGGUCAAGCCACACCCGUGAAACAGUUUAUUAACUUACAGAAGAUAAAUUAAAAUAGGUAAACUUUUGGUAUGCUUAAUAUGACCGGACUAAUGGAAAUCAUUCCACACGAGAAUACUAAUUAACUUUUUCAAAGAAGCAAAUACAAUAUUGAGUAAAUGAUAAAUUUACUAUCAUUAGUUAUUGCGUCAAGAAUACAAAUUUCAAAUCAUCUAUCUUAGAGCAUUGAGCCAUUUUAUCUGGAGUAAUGAACGGUUACAGGACAAUCAUCUAAUCAAUUAAUUUCAGCAAAUCUUAUAAAUAAACAUGUUUUUUUAUGUGACAUUUUUUUAAUAUUUAAUUUAUUUGUCAUGGAUAUUGUAAAAGAAUAUUUCAAAAUAACAAAACUGUAUUCUAUUAGAGUGAGAAACACAUUUUUAUUGGAAUAUGCAAUUCAGUCAAUCAUCUUAUCCAGACUUAAAACUAAGUAGAAAAAAUAUUUAGAUAAUCAUGAAACUAGAUUCGACUUUUAUGAUAUUUGAAAGGACAAUAGAAAACUCACAAUUGACAUAAAAACUUUUUACCUGUUGAAGUAAUAAAUUUUAUAAUAAAACUCGACAA